AUGGAGAUCGACAGCCGUGUCGAAUUACCAGACGGACAUCUUGUGAACCUUUCACCACGACCCCAACAUAAGCCUCAGUAUAGAGCAUACCGAGCUAACUACACAGCUACUACGCUGUCAAGCCCCACACCGCCUCAAAACACCCAUCAAGUCUAUUGUUCCGAACUUGCUGAGUGUAGCAGCCCUCUUGACAACAUGUAUCAAAAAGGAAAAGCAACCAAGCUUCCGGUACCGAAGUCUCUUACCGAACGAAGCAGAGAGCAACGGAACCAGACGCCCAGUCCAACUGGGAUACCUAAGCCGUCUUCCACUGUCCUCUCUUCGGGAGGAUCCGGUGGCCAGUCUGGCGAGCGGGACCGUGACCGAUAUUGGAGCAGAUUGACCGACAAGAUCGAGAAGGACUCGUCUCCUUUGUCUCAACGGGUUUCAUACCACCGUACAAGGGAAAGCGACAAAAAGAGAUCCCCUCAAAUAAACCUCUACCAAGAAAGCACACAUUCUGUGGUCCGUGAAGAAGUCCGUGAAGAAGCUACCAGCCGUGUACCUCAAUCUCGAACAACCAUCGCUACUCCCACCACCAACGUCAGAAAUUACUAUGCUCAAGAUGAGCCUGACCACUCCGUUGAGAGCGAAAAGCCAUGGCAGAUUCAGGAGAGACACUGGUCUCCUGUAGACAUGCACGGGACGACUCCUCAGAAGUCGGAGAUCACAUACACUGCCACCGAGUCAAGUCCUCGAUCUCGCCCUUCUAUAUCCCCAGUUUCUGAUGACAGCUCUGUGACCGACUGUGACUGGGAAGACCGCUUUGUCGUCCAUAUGCCAUCUGCUAAGGAACCAAACCCUCCUUCGAUGACUUCUCAGCAAAUUGCGGACUAUCAAAAGAGCAUCGAAAAGGUGCGCCGCGAGGGCGGACACAUGGUACAUCCUAGCACACGGCCUAGUCCACGCAAAGACUCGCCCGAUGGAAAACCAAACAGAAUGUCUGCCGGCUCCGGUCAAUUCAAAGCAUAUGACGGACGGCCGAUGCUAUCGCCGCCGCAAUUCGAACGUCAGUCCGUGUCAGUCCCAGCACCUGCGCCAGCCUCCCCCUCAGCCCCAGCAUCCCACUCACUGGAACCUCCGGGACAAAAAAACUAUUACAGUCCAGAUGAGAUCGGCAAGAAUCGGAUCAGCACAAUAUGGGAGGAGCAAUCUCCAACUAAACCCAAGGAAAAACGAUCCUCUGCAACCCCAGAUGGCUCUUUUUUGGGGUGCAAGGAGAUCAAUGGGCCUGGAACGAAAAAUCCAGACGAGAUUCUUCUGUUCGCGUCCGGCGAAAACUCGAAAACUCUGCAACCUCGCCCACCUGCUUUAAGUGUCAAGAAGAGACAGAAGGAAGAAAAGAAGAAGGCCCCGCGGAUAUCCCAAGAGAGCAAUCGGACUCCGCCCAAGUCAGGGGAGAGCCUUGUUCAAGAAGAAUGGGCACAACAUUCUCGGAAUUCGAAGCAAGCCCCCUGCUCGAGGUCGUCAUCGGCAACCCUAUGCCAGGAACCAAUCUGCUCCCAGAGCGAUCUACCGAGGACCGACUCCCAGGGAUCGAGCAAAGAGAACUUCUACCUCGCGCCAAGCACGUCCAAUUCGUCGGAGAAGUUGGAAGAUACUCGAAGCGACGACGAUGUGUUCAUUAUCACACCCACUAUCACACGUACUAUGAUUCCAACCUCCACGCCAGACCAGAAGAAAGAGAAAAAGCUGAAGGCAGAGAAGAAGCCCUAUAUUCCCAAGCCACAGGGGCUUCGACGUCCUGGCGGGAUUGGCCAAUCUGGCACCGGCGAAGCCGUCAAAGCCAUUCGAGCCAAAGCCCAGGUCAUCUCUACACCUUCUGGGCUGAGACCUGCAGCAGCAGCAUCGCAGGGAAAAUCGAUCGCGUCCUCUCUAACCUCUUCCAAAACGACUCCUCUCAGCAGCAUUCCUACCGCGAAGGACAAAGGAAAAGAGUCAAUCACGACGAAAGAGGUUCCCGUCAAGAAACCAGAAAUUACGCUGAAGAACUUGUCCAAGGCCAAAGACAAAGAAAAGGACGACCACGCGAAACAAACAGGAGGCUCUAUCCGUGGGUUCAUCCGUACCUCAGGGCUCGCAAGAUCCACCGGUCUCGUGAGGUCACCCACAGAUAGUCUUGCCACGAUACUGCGGCAUGGCACCGAGUCUUUGCGCAAUCGUGCGGAAUCCCUGCGCAAGGGUAAUGGGUCCUCCAUCAGCCGCAAUGGCUCUCCUGUUUCUCAGCCGUCUGGUCCGUCUAGAGACAAUUCCGAGUCUUCGCGAUCUGAGAGGUCAUUCAAGUCCGCAAGAGAGAAGGCAACCCCUCCACCUUCCACGAAACCAUCCCCUGCGAAAAACGAGAACCAGUCUUCCGUUUCCAAGCUGUCCUCUGUCGAGAAGCCAUCCCCACCAGAGAAGGCUUCGAAAACGGAGUCUCUUCCAAUGGAAAAGUCUCCUCCAAUGGAGAAAUCUUUUCCGAUGGAGAAGCCCGUGGAUAAUUCACCCCUGUCGGCUGAGAGGAUCGCCCGGCUCGAGAGACUGGAAAGAUUCAAGGAACAGGCACGCCUACGUCGGGCCAGAAAGUCCGCUGAGGUUGAAAUCGCAGAGCUGGACGGACACCAAGUCCCCAAACGGAAGGAGAGUCUUCAGCCAAAUAUCACCGAUGUCUGCGAUGACCUUGGCGAGCUGAACUCACAGGACAAAGACGAGCCCUUCAAGGAUGCAGCCAAUACACAGGCUCUAUCUAUGAUGUUUGAAAUUGUCUUCGUCGCUGUCACAAACAUGCACAAGGGCCUACUCCAGGUGACCGACAGCCCGUACGCAAAAUUUCUAGUGACCAAUGUGCUGAAUAUGGUGCGUCAUUGUUACCGAGUUUUCAGUCUUGUCUACCAUGUUGUCUCAAAAUACCAAACAACUGGCACCUGGCCCACAGCCAAGAAUGACCAAGCCAUUAGUCGCUUUCUGAUGGAGCUCCUUCAGGCGAUUAUCUAUCUGUUCAUACUCGGCUUCGGAUUUAUGUUGGCUGGCCGAGCUGCCUCCUAUGUUGUGCUUGUUGGAAGCUGGAUCGUUUGGUUUGCCCGUCCAUUUGCAUGGGCUUUCCAAUGUGUCGGACGUGUCCUCGUUAAUUGA